AUGGCCAUACGGGAGCUCAAAGUCUGCCUUCUCGGGGACACAGGAGUGGGGAAGUCCAGUAUUGUUUGCAGAUUCGUCCAGGACCACUUUGAUCACAACAUCAGCCCCACAAUAGGAGCUUCUUUCUUGACCAAAACGGUUCCAAGUGGGAAUGAACUACACAAAUUUUUAAUCUGGGAUACAGCCGGACAGGAGCGGGAGUUUCUGAUAAACCGGCUGCACAGGGACCUUCAGGCUGGAGUGAAGGACUUGUCCAAAGAAGAGCGACUCUGGGAAGUGCAGCGGAUUUUGACGGCACUCAAACGAAAACUUCGGGAAGCAAAGAGACAGGAGUGUGAGACUAAGAUUGCCCAGGAAAUUGCCAGUUUGUCGAAGGAGGACGUUUCUAAAGAGGAAAUGACAGAGAAUGAAGAGGAAGUGAUCAAUCUGCUCUUAAAACAGGAGAACGAGAUCCUGACUGAGCAGGAGGAGCUGAUUUCUCUGGAGCAGGUUUUGAGGCGACAGAUUGCAACAGAGAAGGAGGAGAUAGAACGGCUCAGCGCGGAGAUUGCAGACAUCCAGAGCCGCCAGCAGGGGCGCAGCGAGACGGAGGAGUAUUCAUCAGACAGUGAGAGCGAGAGUGAAGAUGAAGAGGAGCUCCAGAUGAUUCUCGAGGAUCUUCAGAAACAAAAUGAAGAACUGGAGAACAAAAACACUCACUUGAACCAGGCCAUUCACGAGGAACUGGAAGCCAUUUUGGAGCUCCGAGUGCAGUUGCGUCUCCUCCAAAGCCACAAGCAACAACAAGAACUUGUGGUCCAGCCCUCAUCUGAACUCGCCCCUCUUGCCCAGCCCACUAAGGAUGCACCCAAACCAUCUCCAAACAAAGACAAGAGGGACACCAACAUGUGA